AUGGCCCUGUCCCAGUGCCUGGAAGACUCCCCUCUGGCGUUUGUCGCGUCCAAAACCAAUGGCGAAGACCUCCAGGACGUGUACAAUGAGAAACACCGGCUGGCGUUAGAAGAACUGCUGUCCGGAGGCGUGGAUCGCUUCUUGGACUUCAUCAGAAAAGAGAAGAUUCCCAACUUUCUAUCGGACGAAGAGAUAGAGCGAGUGAGACGGGCGUGCGUGGCCCCCCAGUGCGCGUCUGUGAGCGUGGACGACCUCCAGCUCGAAGCCUCCGUGAACAGCUCCGUGGACUGCUCCUCCGUCACGUAUUUCCCCGAGGUGUCCGACGUGGAACCGCCGAUUCUGGAGCUGGGUUGGCCGGCCUUCACAGCAGGCUCAUACAGGGGAGUGACCCGGGCCGUGGCGCACUUCCAGCCCAGCUACGGAGAGAGCAUCUACAGCUGUAAAGAAGCGGUGCGACGCAUGGUCCGUAGUGCGAGAGAGGUGAUCGCAAUAGUUACAGACUCCCUUACAGACCUGGACAUCUUCAAGGACCUGAAGGAAGCCUGCUGUAACCGCAAAGUCCCGGUGUACCUCCUACUCGACCAGCCCAGUGCCCCCGCCUUCUUCAAGAUGUGCCGACAUUUGGGCGUUAACUUGGAGGAUCUUCGGCUAAUGAGAGUCCGGACCAUCACUGGCACCACUUAUUACACCAGGACAGGGGCAAGGAUCACUGGGAGAGUUCAUGAGAGAUUCAUGCUGAUUGAUGGAAACAGAGUGGCUACAGGUUCCUACAGAUACAACUGGACCGAUGGAAAACUCAACAGCAGUAACCUGGUUGAGCUUUCCGGCCAGAUAUCUGAGAAAUUUGACGAAGAGUUUCGAAUCCUCUACGCCCAGUCUUCUCCUCUGAACACCCACAGACCCCCGAGUGUUCGCAACAGUGGGAUCUUUGAACGCCACCUCUUCAAACUGCCCUCCUCUCCUUUCACACCAAAGCAGAGACCGGCCGACCAUGUGUGCGUCACCAGUACUCCAACAAGAACACCGCAAAAGCCAAUAGUCCAGUCCACACCAGAGCCAAAAGUGGACACACAAACCAACACUUUGAACCAGAACUUUCAGAAUGAAGAAAUCCUGGCCGGCAGCGACAAAAUACGUGACAUUGUGCCGUGCCACGCUUCAACCCAGACCAGCUUCACGGACGCAGACGGCGAAUCUCACAAACAGCAACAAGAUGAGUCCCCGAACACUCAAACCAACAAAACGAUGCCCAAGCAGCUCUUCCAACACGAGUCCAAAGAGUCAGAGUUAAAAGCAUGCUUCUACAAACUGGCUACUGAGCGCCAAUGUCAGUACACAGCCAUUCGUGGUAAGCUGGAGCAUAUAGUGGGGAUGAUGACCCAGAGGCGAGAGCUUGUGGACAUUAGCAACUUGAGAAACGCAGGGAACUGUGAGCAGAGGAAAGGACCAGACGUGAGGGUCAUUGCUGAGAACGCCUGUAUGGGCACGUGGCCGAGAGCGAGAUGCUUCCACUAA